CAGAAGCUACUGUGACGAAAAAGCAGAAGAAGUGAACGUGUCAUCGUGCGGAGCGUGCUAGCUGACCUGCGCGUGAAAGAAACGUCAGCGGCCUUCAGAAUCUGACGACGAAGCACUCGCUGACGUCCUCACCUGGUUGCCCGAUCUCACGCAAGGAAUAGCCACUCGCAUGACUCAUGAGAGGCGCUCAUUAUUUACACGUAUACGGCUUGAUUUUCGUCGCCCGUCUACUCUCGCCAAUUUCUGCGACGCCUCUGCACUGUUACCCACGUUCAAGGAAAACCAGCGGAGGUUGCUUUGAGUCACACGUCAUUCCUAACCAGCAUGCUGACACCACUGCAACCUUCCGGCGGCCCAUCGUCGUCAUUUCUCAAGAUUCACUUUUUGUUGUUACACGGCUCAUUCGCCAGCGUGAAGCCGUUCGAGGGCUUGUUCGCCAUCUGGCUGGGCGCCUCACCUACGGUGAUCGGCCUCGUAACCUUCGCGGUGUGCGUGCUGAGGUUGCCGUUGAAGGUCGUCAUCUGCCUGCUGGCCGACGUGCGCUACAACAUCUGUAUACUGAUCGCGCUAGCCGCUUUCGCCGAGGGCUCCCUGAGCUUGUACAUGAGCUUCAUGCGGCCCACACACACGCGGCGUACGCAUGUCGUCGAGUUGAGCACCAACUACUCGAACGCCGCGGGCUCGCGGAUCAUCUGCUUCCCGCUCCGGCUGAAGGACAUGCCGAGCGGGUUGGGCGCCUCGGAGCUGACGUGCCGGCUUAGCUGCGGCUGCACCGACGACCCGGCCAAGUACCCGACCAUAAACAGCGUACUGAACAGUAGUUUCCUCUACGAGCACCAGGGGCGCUGCAUGUCGUCGCGGAGCUUCGACGAACUGCUCCGGGACUACUACUGCGAGAUAUCCAACGAGUACGCGUGCCGGAUGCAGUGCAGGCCCGCGGACGAUGCGCUCUCGGGAGGCGCUCUCUGGAACUACGCCGCGGCGUACGCGCUCUCGGGCCUUGCCAUGUCCUCGAUGACACCGCUCUCGGACGCCGCGGCCUUCUUGGUCAUUGACAGGACCGGGAAAGAGCUGGCCGCGGUGUACAGCAGCUACCGACUCUGGGGCGCCGUGGGAUCGGGAGUCGUGGCCGUGGCCGCGGGCUACGCGAACGAGCGCAGCGGCGACUCGUUCGGAGCCCUGGACUUCACGUCGGGCUUCUACAUCAACGCCAGCCUCAGCACGCUGGACAUGAUCACCAUCCUGUACGUGGCGAUUCCGCGCCGAAUGCGCAGGGAAGAGUACGUGGAGGCCGUCGACUCGCUACUCGCCUCGCCGCGCAGCGUGCUGCUCCUGGUCACGCUGUUCGUGGUCGGCUUCCUCUCGCCUGUCUGCUCGCUGCUGGGUUUCGUCUACCUCCAGGACCUCGGUGCCGGCCAUACGCUCGUGGGCAUCGUGGUCGCGGCGCAGUGCCUCCUGGGCCAGCUGCUGUCCCUGUCGGCGGCGGAGGUGUUCUUCAAGCGGCUCGGGCAGGGCGUCGUACUGAGCGUCACUCUGGGAGCGAGCGCGGUCCGCUGCUUGGCGUUCGCGUUGGCGCAGAGCACGUGGCACGUGAUCCCCGCCGAGCUGGCCUACGGCUUCUGGUACGGCCUGUUCUGCGCCUCCAGCGCGGCCUACGCCUGCAACGAGGCCCAUCUCGUGGCGCAGGCGACGGUGCAGUGCAUUCUGGGGGUCGCCCUCGAAGAAUUCGGAGCCGGACUAGGCAGCCUCGUCGGCGGACUCUGCUUCACUCAUGUUGGGCGAAGGCAGACCUAUCUGUACUUUCUCGCGAUCUCGCUGGCCUACACCCUCCUGCACAUUACACUGGAGAUGUACAUCGCUUCGAUCGAAAAGCCAGCUGGGAAAAGCGACCAGGUCACGUCCCCUUGGAAGACGCCCACUCCCUGCGUACGCUCGGUUACGGCUGAGCAGUGCACGGACCGGAUGACGCUGGAGAUCUCGGAGAUACACGACCACGCAGGCAUCAUGGCUACGGAAACUGGCUCGCACGCGGCCCCGGGCCACCCCUACCUCGACGCGUCUACGGCCAAUAGUGCCGGGGUCAGCGUGGCUCCCAGCCAGCUCACCCUGGCGUUCCCGCAAGCCAGAACGGAAGACGACGCCUCGCACCAGGAGUACCUGAGGGACAUGAUGGGCAAGCCGGAAACCCCACCCGACGGCGACCAGCCCGGCCACCACGACGAUGGCGCUGCGCCCCAGCCACCCGAGGGCGCGAACUGCCAUGAGCAGCCGCCACAGGGUCCCCCAGCGGUCGACGAGAAGACCGCGCACGUCCUGCGCGUACCGGCCACCGACGUGGGCACCUCCGCGGUCGGCGGCGGCAAGGACGUCUUGAGCACGGACGGGCAAAGCAGCCCGCGUCCCUGCGCCGCCGAGGUUGCGAGCUCGAAUAACGCGCCGCUGAAGUACAGCGGCUUGGACGGUCACAAGGAGACCGAACGCUCGUCCAACGGGCAGCAUUCCAGGCAGAAAAAGUCGAAGCGCCGCAAGACCAAGGGCGUCGACAAGACUGAGCGCCGGAAGAAGAAAUCCUUCCGCGAGGAAGGGAACCGAGAACCACAGCACAGGAAGCAGCCGGCGCCCGAGUUUUACAGCCCUCAGCACAAAUCCGGAAAAGGGGGCUCCAAGGAAGAAAGUAGCGCGGCGGCGAACACCGACCGGAAAAAACAUUAGUCGUUAGAUAUAUAUUUUUUAAUCACCUGAUCUGUACAUAGUAUUGAAUGCUCUUGCUGUAUACGUUGCUUAUACUGUAUAUGAGAUACACGCCAUGUCAACUUCGUACUGCAGCGGUGUCCCUCGUUGGCGAUCUGUAUACGCCAGGCGAACGGCUAAUGGGCAUUUGUUGCGUAUGACUUGCGAGUGGCGAGCGAAGGCCUACGAACUGAAACACUCGAAAAUUGGUGCCGGUUGCACGCGCGACAUGGUUAGCCUGGUGUGCGAGUAGAAAAGAACGCAAACGUUGCGCUUUCUGCGUCGGGAGUGACGCAGCACUUCGUCUGUCUACGUGCGCGUGCAUGUGCCGAGAUGGAAAUCUUUUGAGAAUGCGUCGUCCAUUAGAUUGUCUUUGUUAUCUGUAUAGCUGCGUUUAGCAACGAAGCCUGCUCAUUUUCUAUCGUGUGCAACUGCUAGGCCUAUUUUACAGCUGUUACUUUAAUAAACAAUUGAGUUCUUUGCA